AUGUCUGGCAACCCGAUGGAGCAGGACAACAAGUACAUUGACAGCGCCGUGCGCGCUGUCACCAACAAGCGACCCGUACCCGAGAUCGAUUUCACUCUGCACACCAUGGAGGACGGCACUCAGGUCAGCACUCUGGAAAGAGUGUGCAAGGACGUGCAAGCGCCCGCCUUCCACCCUCCGACCGACGAGCAAUUCUUCUCCCCGACAGACCCCAACAAGCCCAACUUACAAUUCCUCAAGCAACACUUCUAUCGGGAGGGUCGUCUUACCGAGGACCAGGCGCUAUGGAUUUUGAGCGAGUGCACAAAGGUUCUGUCUCAAGAGCCCAACCUCCUGGAGAUGGACGCUCCCAUUACCGUCUGUGGCGACGUUCACGGCCAAUACUACGAUCUGAUGAAGCUGUUCGAAGUUGGUGGUGACCCUGCAGACACGCGCUACCUCUUCUUGGGUGACUAUGUCGACCGUGGAUACUUCAGUAUUGAGUGUGUUCUCUACCUCUGGGCCCUCAAGAUUUGGUACCCCAACACCCUCUGGCUCAUGCGUGGUAACCACGAGUGUCGCCAUUUGACCGACUACUUCACCUUCAAGCUUGAGUGCAAGCACAAAUACUCCGAGGCCGUUUACGAGGCUUGCAUGAAGUCCUUCUGCGCUCUUCCUCUUGCUGCUGUUAUGAACAAGCAGUUCCUGUGUAUUCACGGUGGUCUCAGCCCCGAGCUGCACACACUUGAGGAUCUCAAGAGCAUCGACCGCUUCCGCGAGCCCCCUACCCACGGCCUUAUGUGCGACAUUCUCUGGGCCGACCCUCUUGAGGACUUUGGUCAGGAAAAGACACAAGAAUACUUUGUUCACAACCAUGUCAGAGGUUGUUCAUACUUCUUCUCAUACCCCGCUGCAUGUGCUUUCUUGGAGAAGAAUAACCUACUUUCUAUUAUUCGCGCACACGAGGCUCAAGAUGCUGGAUACCGCAUGUACCGCAAGACCAGGACCACUGGAUUCCCUAGUGUCAUGACCAUCUUCAGUGCACCCAACUACCUCGAUGUCUACAACAACAAGGCCGCCGUUCUCAAGUACGAGAACAAUGUCAUGAACAUUCGUCAAUUCAACUGCACACCUCAUCCUUACUGGCUGCCCAAUUUCAUGGAUGUCUUUACAUGGUCGCUUCCCUUCGUCGGCGAGAAGAUCACCGACAUGCUCAUUGCCAUUCUUAACACCUGUAGCAAGGAGGAACUCGAGGAAGAGACACCUCUUUCAUCCGGACCACACUCGCCCCCUCUUCCAUCAAGCAGCGUUGCCAACAUGGACCCGGAUAGCACCGAGUACAAGCGCCGUGCCAUCAAGAACAAGAUUUUGGCCAUCGGUCGUUUGUCAAGAGUGUUCCAGGUAUUGCGCGAGGAGUCUGAGCGCGUUACCGAGUUGAAGACUGCUAGCGGAGGCAAGCUCCCUGCUGGUACAUUGAUGCUGGGUGCAGAGGGCAUCAAGCAAGCCAUCACCAACUUCGAGGACGCUCGCAAGGUGGACUUGCAAAACGAGAGACUUCCUCCUUCUGGUGAGGAGGUUAGAAGAAACAGCGACGCUGCCAGAGAGUUUGCUUUGCAGCGUGCGGCGCAGGAAGCCGAGAGCGAUCAGAAGUUGGCCGGUGUUGCCAGAAGGAUAAGCAUGUAA